GAGCUUUGUUCUUGUUUUCAGCGCUUGCUGCCUGUCGGUGGCCGGGAGAGAGAGGAGCCGGGACUGAGUUCACGCCUCACUUGGUGCACACACACCAUGCUGAUCCUGGAGAGCCUCCUACCAUAACAACCCCUCCGUACCCUCCUCGCUGGAAGCUCGAUCUCUCCCCACAAAGCCAACGGGGGCGGGAGGAAGGGGGCGAGUGUGUGUGUGCAGAGCUGCAUUUCAACCCUGCUGCAAUUUCCUACUAGGAGCUUCAUUUUCUUUUUCAGCACCCCCCCACCCCCAUUUGGGUGCCUCCCGCGUGUAUCUAUAUAAUUUUUCCCCCUAAAAAUGUCGGUCUGUUUUGUACAAACUGAUCAAGAAUCGGUGGCGUUGAAAGCUUUGCAGAAGGUGCAGCUUUAAUUAUGCUUCUUCCCCCUCCAGGAGCUUUGUGGUGGCCAAAUGCAAUUCUUGCUCCUGGCCAUGUAAAUAACCGAGGCUUCUGCUUUCUGAGUUGUUUUAAAUGUACGGUGUUUAAAAAAAAAAAAUCACUCCUCCUCCUCACGGCCCUUUAAAUACAAAGAGACAGAGUGAGUGUAAAUUUCAAUCUGAAAUCAGCGGGAGUGUUAUUGGCCAUAUAUUGUCUCAGAGAGAGGGGGUGGUCUGGCUGCUUGGACCCUAUACAAUACUCUGCUCCAGUGUAAAUAUUUACAGGGUAUUAGUGACUUUUUAAAAAACAUUUUCAGCGAGGUCUGUUACUGACAAUGUGUCAUAAGUUAUUAAUGCUUCAUUGCCUGAAGGACCCUGCUAAAGUCCCUGUCUCGUGGCUUCGCAUAAAGCAGACAAUUGAUAUGUUGUCUAAGUUCACCACCAUGUCCAGUGACAGGCAAAGGUCAGAUGAUGAAAGUCCAAGUACCAGCAGUGGUAGUUCAGAUGCAGAUCAGAGGGACCCGCCAGCACCAGAACCUGAAGAGCAAGAAGAAAGAAAACCUUCUGCAACCCAGCAGAAGAAAAAUACCAAACUAUCCAGCAAAACUACUGCUAAGCUAUCCACUAGUGCUAAAAGAAUUCAGAAGGAGCUAGCUGAAAUAACCCUUGAUCCUCCUCCUAACUGCAGUGCUGGCCCGAAAGGAGAUAACAUUUAUGAAUGGAGAUCAACUAUACUUGGACCCCCAGGUUCUGUAUAUGAAGGAGGUGUUUUUUUCCUGGAUAUCACAUUUUCGUCCGAUUAUCCAUUCAAGCCACCAAAGGUUACUUUCCGUACCAGAAUCUAUCACUGCAACAUCAACAGUCAGGGAGUCAUCUGUCUGGAUAUUCUGAAAGACAACUGGAGCCCUGCUUUGACUAUUUCAAAGGUUUUGCUGUCUAUUUGUUCUCUCUUGACAGACUGCAAUCCUGCUGAUCCUCUGGUCGGAAGCAUAGCCACUCAGUACCUGACCAACAGAGCAGAACAUGACAGGAUAGCCAGACAGUGGACCAAGAGAUAUGCAACAUAAAUGACAUAAACUACUUGUGCUCUGUGAGGGUGCAGGAGGCAACUUGACAGUGUGCAACAAAUCUUUAUAGCCUUUACAAUACGGACUUCUGUGUAUAUGUUAUACUGAUUCUACUCUCUGCUUUUAUCCUUUUGAAGACUGGGAUUCUGCCCCCUAAAAAAGGUAAAUGCUAUCAGGAGUAGAACUUUGUAGCUGUAGAUUAGUUAUGUUUAAAAAGCCUACUUGCAAGUCUUGCUUCUUUGGGAUAUCAAAAUGUAUUUUGUGAUGUACUAAGGAUACUGUUCCUGAAGUCAACCAAAUAUUAUAGUGCAUUUUAGCCUAAUUCAUUAUCUGUAUGAAGUUAUUAAAGGUAGCUGUAGAUUACUAGGAAUUAUGUCAUUUGUAUUAAACCCAGAUCUAUUUCCAAUAUGUGGUACAUGCUGUUGUGAAAACUGUUUUAACUUUUACCUUUGUCAGUUUGUAAUGAAAGGAUUUCCUUUUCCCCUUUGUAGCUCAGAGAGCACCCAGUGUAUCAUCUCAAACACAAUAAACAUGUUCCCCAAGGAGCA